AGGAGGAUGCCUCAGCUCGGCGCAGUUCGCCCGGGAGCCUAGACGGUCACUGAGAGCUUCACCGUUCUCUUAUUGAACAUCGACCGUUCACCCCUUGUCUGCCAUCUUCUUCCACAACCCAAGUGUGGUUGAAGAAACCAUCUGAAUACUAGGGAUUAGGCUCCCGCAAUCUCUAACAAUUAUACACAACCACUUUUACUUAACUUCACCAUGGGUAAAUACACUCGUCAACAAUGGCUCACCCUCAUCGUCUUCGCCAUCGCCGACUUCUGCAGCGCCGUCUGCGUAUCUCUGCAAGCUCCCUUUUAUCCCAUUUUGGCGGAGUCGAAGGGUGCGACGCCAACUCAAUAUGGCUUCGUCUUCGGUAUCUUCGAGCUGACAGUGUUCAUCGUGAGUCCCAUCUACGGUAACUACCUGAACAAGAUCGGUCCCAAGUUCAUGUUCAACGCCGGCAUCUUCACCACCGCCACCACUUGCAUCAUGUUUGGAUUCUUGGAUAGAAUAAAUGACACCAAUGUCUUCAUUGGGCUGUCCUUCGCCAUCCGAAUCGUAGAGGCCAUGGGCAACUCUGGCUUCCUGACGGCGUCAUUCAGCAUCAUCGCCAAGGAGUUCCCUGAUAACGUGGGUGCCACCUUUGCCUCCCUAGAGACCUGCUUCGGCCUGGGUAUGAUCGUGGGUCCUACGCUGGGCGGGGCGUUGUUCGAGCUGGGUGGCUACACUCUGCCCUUCGUCACCCUGGGUUGUAUGCUGCUGUGUGCCGCAUCUUUAACCUACUGUAUCCUGCCAUCUUAUAGUUCUGAGUUCAAAGGCGAGUCAGGCUCUAGCGGCAGUAUGAUCUCGCUGAUAAAGGUCCCAGCCAUUGCCCUCGCUGCCUACGCCAUCAUUGCCUCUUCCAUCAGUAUCGGCUUCCUGCAAGCAACCUUGGAGCCCCACCUACGCCCCCUCAAGUUGUCACCCUUCCAGCUGGGACUCAUGUUUGUUCUCAACGGCGCUACAUACGGCUUCUUCGCUCCACUGUGGGGAUGGCUGUGUGACAAGCGCAUCAACCCCAGGAUCGUAGUCAUCUUCGGGUCCUUUAUGGUGAUGAUUGCCUUCAUCAUAAUAGGACCAGCGCCGUUCCUGCCCAUCCCCACGACACUGCCGCUGUGCAUCUUUGCCCUCGUCCUGCAUGGUACUGGGUUUGGCGCCGAACUCGUUGCCACCUUCACCAGCGCCCACCGAGAUGCUGUCGUCAACGGUUUCCCUGACGACAUUGAGACCUACGGCCUCGUCUCGGGACUCUGGACUUCCACCUUUGCCCUGGGCGCCUUCAUCGGGCCGUCAGCUGCAGGGGCGCUGUUUGACUGGAUUGGUUUCGGUUGGGCCUCGGUGUUCGUGGUGGCCCUUCACUUGAUCGUCGCGAUAUCGUUCAUCCUCAAUAUGUGCUGCACCAAGAAGAAGCGUAACUCAGGUCUGUACAUCAAGAUCCACGAGAGUUUAGCAAAGAGUGACCCCGAGAAGGCCUCCCUCAUCACCGCCACCAAGAAGAACUCCUUCAGCUCUAUAUCUGAUUCAUCUUAUUUCAGCGGGGCGUCGGAUACGUCUGAAGAAUACUACAUCUACUGACUAUAACAUCUUCCUUCAGUGAGUAAUAUACUAGUCCUCGCAAGUGUCAGGCAUCCAGUAGCGGUGUCUGGAGGUUGAUUUAUUAUCAACAUGGCGACCACUACUUCCACCCAGGGGAAGAUGGUACAGCUGUGGCUGCCCUCAACCGAAACAAGAUUUUGGAUGAUUUCUACAUCUUCGCGAAUAGGUCACCACGUCACUACUGAUACCAGACGUCAUCAGUCGGUACCUUCACCUACUGGUUGUCUGAGUUACAGGUGUCCGGCCGACCCGCCAGUAUUAGGUCAGGAUAAGCAGGUGGAAGGCGGGUGUUUCCUGGAGCCUUAUUAUUGUUCCUGUGCUGUACGUAGUUAUGUCAAACUAUGGUACCCUCAUAGGUCUCUCUUAAUAUUGUUAAUUGUCCUAAUGGUGCUCAUACCUACUGCUCAAUGUUGUUAUAAGUAUUGUCUACACGGGCUCUUAUCACUACCUAGGUUGUUGAUGUACGGAGUUAGAAUUGAAUGAGAAUGUUGUGUGUAACUUAUGAAAUGAAACUGAAAAAUCUGUAAA